AUGGGCGUGCAGAAGAUCAUCGAGAAGCUGGAGGUGGGUCAUGCGCCUGGUUUGACUUACCAGCAAAUGUUCUUGUCGAACGAUGAUCUCGUGCCCGUACCAGCAGAGAAGAGGACAUGGAGUUCGAUCAACUUUGUUUCCUUCUGGAUUGCGGAUUCAUUCAACGUUAACACAUGGAUGAUCGUUUCCUCAAUGGUCCAGCUGGGCCUGUCUUGGUGGCAGGCCUGGAUAUGCGUCUGGGUGGGAUACGGAUUUGUUGCACCCUUCAUCGUCCUCAACGCUCGUCCUGGCGCGAUCUUCCACGUCACCUUCCCUGUCGUUGCUCGCACAAGCUUUGGCCUAUAUGGAAGUCUGUGGUGUACUUUCAACCGAGGUGCAAUGGCAUGUGUUUGGUACGGUGUGCAGGCGAGCAUUGGCGGAGACUGCGUCAAAGUCAUGCUCCGAGCAAUGUGGCCUAGUGUAAACGACAUUCCUAACCGCCUUCCGGAAUCUUCUGGCACCACUACUAGGGACUUUAUGUGUUUCUUCCUCUUCUGGUUGAUUUCCCUGCCGGCUAUAUGGUUCCCAAUCCAUCAAAUCCGUCAUCUGUUCACCCUCAAGUCGAUCGUUACCCCCAUCGCGGGUAUCACGUUCUUCAUUUGGUGCAUCGUUAAGGCGAAGGGCGUAGGGCCUAUCGUCUCGCGUCCGUCGACCGUGCAUGGCUCGGAGCUGGGUUGGUCGAUGGUGGUCAGUCUCAUGUCGUGCAUCAGCAACAUGGCGACUCUCGUCACGAAUGCUCCAGACUUUGCGUCUCGUGCGAAGACCCCCGGCGCGGCGUUGUGGCCGCAGCUGUUCUCAGUGCCCUUAUCGUUCUCCCUCGUCAGCUUCGUCGGAAUUAUUGUCAGCUCCUCUUCGGAGACGAUCUACGGAGAAGCCAUUUGGUCGCCUAUCGAUCUCCUUGGUCGAUUCCUGGAUGAUAGCCCUUCGAGUGCUACUAGAUUUGGGGUGUGGUUCAUCUCCUUCGCGUUCAUCAUCGCCCAGCUUGGCACCAAUAUCUCCGCCAAUUCUAUCAGUGCCGGAUGUGAUUUAACGGCACUCUUCCCCCGAUUUAUUAACAUCCGUCGAGGUGGCUAUGUCGCGGCCAUUGUCGGCCUUUGCAUGCUUCCAUGGAAUCUGCUCAAGAGCAGUAAUAGUUUCACCUCAUAUCUCUCAGCAUACAGUGUUUUCCUGAGUUCGAUUGCUGGCGUGAUGAUAAUGGAGUACUACGUCAUUCGAAGAGGACACUACGCGGUGGCGGACCUUUACGAUGCUCGUAAAGAUGGCUGGUACUGGUAUACUUGGGGAAUCAACUUCCGCGCCUAUGCGGCUUAUAUAGCUGGCAUUCUUAUCAACGUCGUUGGAUUCGCUGGAGCCACUGGCAGAACAGUUCCUUUGGCAGCUACACGUAUCUACCAGAUGUCUUUCUUCACUGGCUUUGGCGUCUCCGCUCUCAUCUACUACGCCCUGAAUCGGCUAUUCCCUGUUCCUGGAGCGAACACCAAGUUCGAGGAAGUCGAUGUCUCGAACUUCACUUACGACUACCAACAUCAACCUCAUCACCCGAGAGAGCGGGAAAGCGAUGUGGAGUCCAGACUGUCGAAAGACAAGGGCGACGACCAGGUUAAGCAGCUCGUUUACGAAGCUCACCACCCGUAG